GAAGUUCCAGACCUCCAGAGGUCACUUUUUGCUGUGUUCUUGCUGACAUAUCUUCUCACUGUUUAUGGAAACCUUGUUAUUAUUCUAGUCAUCUGCAUCAGCCAUGAACUCCACAAUCCCAUGUACUUCUUUAUCAGUAACCUGGCAUUUCUUGACAUAUCCUACUCUUCGGUUACUCAACCCCAGCUUCUCUCCAUCCUUGCAGGUGGUCCGAGUGAGAUCUCAUUCGCAGGUUGCAUCAUACAGCUCUAUGUUUUCAUGUCAUUGGCUUGUACUGAAUUUGUUUCUUUGACAGCUAUGUCUUAUGACCGGUACGUGGCCAUUUGCAAGCCUUUACAUUAUACAACUUUAAUGAACAAAAAGGUGUGUUUACUCUUGGCAGCAACUUCUUGGACGGUGGGAUUUUUGGAUCCAUUAGCACACACAGUGGUCAUAUCACAGCUGCCUUUAUGUAAACCAGGCAUCCUUGAUCAUUUUUACUGUGAUUUGUCAGUAGUUUUAAACUUAUCCUGUGUUGAUAAGUUUUUCAUUGAAAUCAUGACUUAUGUUGUUGGCUCCGUAGUAGCACUUCCAGCAUUUUUGCUUACAUUGACUUCAUACAUUUUUAUCAUAUCCACUAUCUUUAAAAUUUCUACUUCAGCUGGAAGACACAAGGCCUUCUCCACAUGUGCAUCACACUUAGCUGUUGUAAUUCUGUUUUAUGGAUCUGUUCUAAUUAUGCAUAUGAGACCUUCAUCCCAAAAUCUCCGUGCUCAAGACAAACCAUUGUCUGUGUUAUACACUGCCAUCAUCCCCAUGCUAAACCCUCUCAUUUAUAGCUUGAGGAACAAAGAUGUAAAAAAAGUUUUGUUAAAGCUCAUAACUGGCAAAAGGUUAUCUAAGUAA